UAGUCAGACGUGUCUCUUUGUUUCUGAAAUUACGGCCUUGAUAAAUAUCUUUUCAUGUGGUGCCUUGAAAACCACAUUGAUCCACAUCUGUUGGACAAAUUGUGUGACACGGUUAAGAAAACAGAAGCAACUCCUAUUUCAAAAUGCCAAUAAUUCGCUUGGAAUCUUCUGAUAAGGAAAUUUUCGACACGGACAUUGAGAUUGCAAAAUGUUCCGAAACGAUUAAGACGGCUCUGGAAGAUUUGGGUGAUGAGAGCGAUAAUAGUAUAUUACCGCUACCCAAUGUUAAUUCGGCAAUAUUACGGAAAGUCCUACACUGGGCCACAUAUCACGCACAGGAUGAUCCACAGGAGGCGCAGGAGGAUGAGAAUAAGGAGAAACGCACCGACGACAUAUCAUCUUGGGAUGCGGACUUUCUAAAAGUCGACCAAGGCACCUUAUUCGAACUGAUUUUGGCGGCCAAUUAUCUGAACAUUCAAGGUCUAUUGGAUGUCACCUGCAAAACGUGCGCCAAUAUGAUCAAAGGAAAAUCGCUUCAGGACAUACGAGAGACUUUUGCCAUUGCCAAUGAUUUCUCACCCGCUGAGGAAGAGAAAGUGCGCAAGGAAAACGAGUGGUGCGAAGAGAAAUAAUAAUUGGAGCUGCUUAUAAAAGAAAAUACUCGCACAACGAAUUUUCAAACUACCCUCGAUUAAACAAAUUCAGCAAA